UCCAGUAUAAAUCGCUGGAUGGAGUAAAUAUAAUAUUUGAUAUACUGAAGAAUCGAAAAACAGUCGCCAUUGCUUUUAAGGUAAUCUUUUUUCACAAGUUUGUUCACACAGUUUAAAAAACGUUGAUUUGAUGCUGGAUUUCUUUAGUGUUUGGCCAACCUCCGUGCUUUGGGACUCCGUCUGGUUUUCUAAAUAAAUCCAGUAUUUUGGAUAACUGGUAAACAUGACUUCCGCGCCAAAGGUGCCUGAAUUCACGCUUGGCACCAAGAUCCUGAGUGCGGGCCUGGCUGCCUGCACAGCAGACGUGAUCACCUUCCCGCUGGAUAUGGCCAAAGUUCGAUUACAGAUUCAAGGGGAAUCGGCCUUAAUUUCUGCCUGUGGUGCGCAUUUGGCCGGCGCCCCUCCAAAGUACCAUGGCGUCUUCGGAACUAUUAGAACUAUAGUGAUACACGAAGGUGCCCGGGGACUGUACGGCGGACUGGUCGCAGGACUUCAACGACAGAUGUGCUUCGCCUCUGUGAGAAUAGGACUUUAUGAUCACGUGAAAGGAUAUUACCACAGUUUCUUCAAUCGUCCAGUCAGCGAGCCACACAUCGGGAUCCGUAUUCUGGCCGGUGUUACCACAGGUGCGCUGGCCGUUCAGAUUGCACAGCCUACAGACGUGGUGAAAGUGCGCAUGCAAGCGCAAGGAAAUGGUGUGCUCCCGAAGCGCUACGACAGCGCGUUUUCUGCGUACAAAACCAUAGCCAAACAAGAAGGGAUACGAGGUUUAUGGAAAGGCACAAUCCCCAACAUGACCAGAAAUGCGGUAGUGAACUGUUGUGAAUUAGUGUCCUACGACAUCAUAAAAGAGAAGAUCCUAGACUACGACUUAAUGUCCGAUAAUAUGCCUUGUCACUUCGUAUCCGGCUUCGGCGCUGGUUUCGUCACAACUGUGAUAGCCUCCCCUGUAGAUGUAGUGAAGACGCGGUUUAUGAACUCCGGCAAGGGGACGUACAGGGGCGCCUUCCACUGCGCCACCAAAAUGCUAAUGGAGGAAGGACCUAUGGCUUUUUACAAAGGAUUCACUCCUUCUUUCUUGCGUCUGGGGUCUUGGAAUAUUGCAAUGUUCGUCUGCUUCGAACAGUAUAAGAGGUUCAUGUACAGAGCAAAAGCUUCUUCAGACAGUAUGGCUGUGUAACGUCAGAUGACACUCACCGACACCGUCAUAAGCAUUACUGAGAUAUCAGAACGCCGAUGGACUCUGUUCGAGCUGAAUGUCAUCCAUAAUAAAACAAGCUGUCCUCACCCAGCUGUGACUUGUCUGCCGUAAGGCCAGAGGUCUUAUAGAACGUCUGUGAUAUUAAAAUAUGUUUGAUAUCUUAUAUAACAUUUAAUAAA